AUGACUGAUGCCGAAGUAUCAUCACUGGUACUGGAUAUCCAUAGUGAGAGCCACCCAUUAAGGAAUUCUUCGAAUAAACCCAACGCCAUAUUUCGUUUCUUCAACGCUAUAUUUAGGUAUAGGAAAACCUCGCUCUCCUUCUUCGUCAUACUCACGCUAAUUUUGGGCUUAGUCAUUUCAUUCGUUGACAACAGUUUGGAAUACUCAAUUGAUUUGCCAAAAGAGAGGCUGGAGCAAAAAUUGCUAGAUGAAUGUUGGGUUGACUUGCAGGCUAUAGCAGAGAAUCAACAUCCCUACGCAUCCAGUGGAAAUGAUGCAGUUCAUCAUUAUUUAAAAUCGAAAAUCUCAAACAUUAUUCAUGGGCAUAAACACAUAGAUUUUGACAAUGACUUGAAUGGCACAAACAAAUUCUUGUUCAACUCAAGUUUCAAAUCUGUGGCUUAUUAUGAAUCAAACAAUUUGUUGGUAAAAAUUGAAGGAUCAAAUCCCCAGCUUCCGGGUUUCCUCUUGAGUGCUCAUUUCGAUUCUGUUCCUACUAGCUUUGGUGUUACGGACGAUGGUAUGGGUGUUGCAAGCUUGCUUGGAGUAUUGCGGUUUCUCGUGACCCAAAAACAACCUAAGCGGACAAUUAUUUUCAAUUUCAACAACAAUGAGGAGUUUGGCCUUUACGGUGCUACUGCUUUUGUGAACCAUCCGUGGUUUAAUAAAGUGGGAUAUUUUAUAAACUUGGAAGGGACUGGUGCCGGAGGGAAAGCCAUUUUAUUCCGAGGCACUGACUAUGGAAUAGUAAAGUAUUUCAACAAAGUUCGGUACCCCUACGCCUCCUCAGUUUUUCAGCAAGGUUUUGCAAACUCUUUGAUUCAUAGUGAAACGGAUUACAAAGUAUACCGGGAAGCGGGACUUCGAGGUCUUGAUUUGGCCUUUUUUAAACCGAGAGACUUAUAUCAUACAGCAGAGGACAACAUAAAAAAUGUUGACUUGAAGUCAUUGUGGCAUAUGGUUUCCAAUGCGAUUGACUUUACCACUUUUAUUGCUGAAAAUGAGAUUGACGAAACUGGAGCUGACGAAGCUGCAGUUUACACUUCUAUAUUGAACACUUUUUAUUCCAUCUCAUCCACAAAGUUGACUGCUAUAAACACUGUGUUAGUUGUGUUAUUUGCCAUAGUCAAUGGCGCUUUGAUCUUCAUCACAUUAAAGUACAAGAAGUGGCACAUUUCAACCUCACAAAUUUUAUUUCUCCCCAUUUCAUUGUUGGUAGUGUGGACCAUUGUAACAUUGGUUGUAGCACAGGUAUUUCAAGCCCUGAACCCGCUUUUGCCGACAUCGAGACCUUUAUUGUUGGUGGCAACCAUUGCUUCAAUUUCGACAAUUGUUUUUUAUCUCACUUCGAGGUUGCUUAGCCAUAAUUUGGAUUUGAAAUUAGUGUGCAUCUUGGAGGUGUCUUUCAUUUACUGGGUACUGUUGGUAUACAUCACCAGGAGUCUCUUUAUCAACAAGAGCGACCAAAGACAUAGCGGCGAAUUUGCUAUAUCUAUAUUGUUUUUGUUGGAAGCAGCUACAUCGCUUUUGGGUUUACUGGGAUGGAUGUUUAGCAGAGCCCCAUCAAAAGCAAGUCCUGACGAAGAACCUCUUUUGGACGGAGCCAGCCAUGGGCGUUAUACACUGGAAGAUGAAGAUGAGGAUGAACGAGGGGAUAAUUUUCCUGUCCCAGAAAAUAAGCGUAGCUACGACUGGUCAUUACAGUAUUUAUUGACUGUUCCAAUAUCAUUUUACAUUGUUUACAACUCCGGCUGGCUUAUUCUCCAGGGUGUUAACAAAACAGUACAGGAAUCUGCGGUGUCGCAAGAGUUUGUGUAUUUGGUGAUUCAAAUAUUUUCCAUUGCCUUGGUUUUGCCAUUUAUUCCAUUUGUUCGCUACUUGAAUAGAUUAUUGAUUCUGGCACUAUUUGCAGUGGCCUUGAUCGGAUCUCUUUUGGCUUUAAGCACAGAGCCAUUCAAUGAACAGAAUCCAUUGAAAAUACGAUUUUUACAAACCCUCAAUGACACCGAGAGCACAGUGCACAUAUAUGGACGAGGUGUUGAAGUCCCUCAAUUUUUGACUAGGAUUCCAUCAGUUGAAGAGUCAAAGACACGCAUUGAUUGCCUAAGUGAAGUUGAUGGAAUUGAGGUGUGCUCUUAUAAAAGUCUGCUAUUCCCCAACAUUGUUUCUUCAAACACAUCUGAUGACUACCUUGAGGUAUUAGUUAAAAAUUCCAGCGAAACAGGGUCAUUUGGUAUAAACUUUAAUGAAGUGGUUAUCAAAGCUCCCAAGAACAGAAUGUGUAACAUUGAAUUUCCAGGAGACGAAGUGAAGGCAGUGUUGGUGAAAAACGACACACACCGAUUCCCUCCUUUCAAACAGCUCCCUGACGGCUUUUCCCAUGACGGCGAUUACAUAUACAAGGAUGUGGAUGGAAUCAGAAAGUUGUACCUCAAUAAGUUGGAUUGGAAUAGCCAAUUUGAUAUUGGAGUAUAUUGGUUGCCAGGUAUUAAUGACAAGUCGAACGUGUUGGAUAUAUAUGUCGAAUGCUUUUGGGCCGACUUGCUGCCUGUUUCUGAAGGAAGUGGUAUCAAACCAGCUAUUCCUGCAUAUGAUGAGCUAGUUCAUUACAGCCCGAACUACGUGAGUAUUGCAAAUAAGGAAAGGGGAUUGGUUUCUGUAGGUAAACAAGUAGAGCUUAAAUAA